CAUUUUCUCAAGGCAUCGCCUUAGAAUAUCAUUCUUCAGAGAGAGAAGAGAAAGAUGGAGCUAAAUGAACAAGGUUUCUUAGAGGAAUUGCUAGCAAUGAGGAGAGAUUGUUGGGAUACCUUUCCAACAGAAAUGAAUGAGCCUUUCUCUGGUAGUUGGAGCUUCAAUUGCCUUGAUGCAAACCAAGCUACCAUGCUUCCAAAUUCUUUCCCCCAAGAAUUCUCCGUGCCUUUUGAACAAGACUUGAGCUACUCCUUCAAUGAAGCCUACUGUCCCUUCAGUGAUGAGUUCUCGGUGGCACAAGGGACAGAUUCUUCGAAUAACACCCUUGGUGUACCACCAUUUCCUGUUCAAGAAGAGUAUAUGUUGAAUAUGGUGGAGGAUGAAGAACCAGGUCUACUUGCAGAUGAACUACACAAGUUGGACGUGCAAGCUGCCUGCAAAAUGGAGCAAAUCCAAUCUCCUGAAGCCCAAGUUUUCAACAUUGGGACCUCUGUAGACCGCAAGAAUCGAGCCAAGAGGUUAGAAGGGCAACCAUCAAAGAAUCUGAUGGCAGAGAGAAGGAGAAGAAAGCGGCUUAACGACCGCCUUUCUAUGUUAAGAUCAAUUGUUCCCAAGAUAAGCAAGAUGGACAGGACGUCCAUACUUGGAGAUACCAUAGACUAUAUGAAAGAACUCCUAGAGAGGAUCAGAAAUCUGCAACAAGAAAUUGAAACAGGUUCAAAUCAGUUGAACAUGGUGAACAAUUUUAGGGAUGUCAAACCCAAUGAAGUUUUAGUAAGAAAUACACCAAAGGUAUGGACCCUGCAGGAUUCUUCACUACACUAAGUCUAAUUUCAUAUGUCAAAUCUUCAAU